CACACACAUGAUUCUGAGGUCUUGGGACAUCUCAUAGCAGAGGAGAUGACAGGACUGAUGCUCAUCUGACAGAUCAGACAGAUAUCAGACUCAGGAGGAUCCUCACGAUUACACACAUACACACACACAGACACACAUCUGACAGGCUCGGCUGACCGGGUGUCACAGCGCUGUUACCCUGCGGUCACGUGAGGUGCAGGGGUGCGGGAUGUCCGAAGACAUGUCGUCUGUCCCAGAACACCUGCCUCUCAGGGACGGUGCGCGCUCAAACUCCUGCGAGCAGCUCACACCUUCCACCGUGAGCACAGUCCUCAACCUGUCCCACAACAAGAUCUCCUGGACCCUGCAGCCCACCACAACGGGAAACUGUGAGUACUACUGGCAGGCCAUCCUCCUCAUGACCUCGGGGGGCAGCGUGCUGAUCUGCGGGAUGGUGCUGAGUGGACUUUACCAUGCUGGCUUCUCCAAGAUGGCCACAAAUAUCCUGGGUCCCACCCUGCUGUCAUUGGGGCUGAUGGUGCUGGUGGUGGGUUUGGUUUUGAUGCCCGUAACACGACAAAUGAGGGAUCAGAGCGCAGCAAAACACCUCUACAAGCCUCACAUAAACCUAUGAGGAGAACGUAAGGCAAGAGACUACAGCUGAUUUUGAGCUUUUGUUUUUCUUACUUUUAGAGCAGGGUUAUUAAAAAGUGUGUGUUACCUGAAAUAAAGCUAAAAUAAAAUAUAAAUAUUAGAUGGAGCACUAAAAUUACUA